CCAGCAACCAGUGCCUUUUCCGACUAUAUUUCAGUUGCUGUUUUUUUACACACACGAAUAGAGAAAAAAAAUUGUUAUUAAAGCUAAAUUGUAACAAGAUGCCCUAUCUUUACGGAAUUGCGGACACCAAGUUCCGGGUGAAGAAAGUAGUUAUAAAGAAAAAAAAACCCGAAUCGGGAAUUGCUGCCACAAAAUUUCGGCGCAAUGAUUUCCUUCUGGGAUGCCCCAAAUAUAACAAGGACGAUGUGCCGAUACAGUUCAGGACAUCGCCCGAAUCCUUGGUGGAGCUGUGUGUCAAUGUGGUGGAUAAGUUGCCAUUGCCCUCGGUCUUUGAAUGGGACGACAUGGACAUCAGGCGAUGGAUCAACAGCUAUGGUUAUCCGCAGUAUAUGAACACCUUUCGCGUGAACAUGAUCACUGGAAGAAAGCUGCUCCUUUUAGACGCCACUGCCCUGUGUGCGAUGAACAUCACGGACUUCGACCACAUUCGUCACAUAGCCUACGGCAUCCGGAUGCUGUUCCACUUCACGCUGACCAAGUUCUCGUCCAGCAUUUCGCUGCCGGACGAGAAGCCCAAUGAGCUCUACUUGCUGUUCCACACCCAGACUGGGGUGAACUACGACGAGGUGCGGCGGUCGGACCUCUAUCGCCGGAUGCAGCUGAUCCGUAAGAGACCCCUGAACCUCGACCAUUGGGACCGACUCUACUUGUGGCUGAGGCGCGAGAAUGAGCAUAAUGAGAAGGUACUGAUCGGCAUGAUUCGGCGGGUCAAGAUGUACGAGUGCGACAAGCCGCAGGAGGAGCCGGAGUACUCGAUGUCGGAAGUGGGUCCAGAUGAUAUGAUGUGUCGCACCUGCAUUCCGCCGUGCGACUGCGACUGGACGGAGCGGGACAUGCGAUUGCCGAGCCGCCUCAGCUGCCUGGCCCCCAUCCUAACCACCACCGUCAGCAAGUGGAACGCCAUGCAGAUGAACUGCAAGGAGUGCAUCCCGCCGUGCGAGUGCCGCUGGCCACCGCGAUACUACCUUACGGGUACGGUGAUCCGUUGCCUGCAGCAUCGCUUCCCGGAGAAGUUCUGCCCGAUAUUCGACGAACGAUUCCGGGCCUCCGCGCGUCCCAGUCUCGUGGAGCGUUGGACCCGCUUCUCUAUUUAAAACUGGGCACUCUUUUUGUUACAAUCCCCAUCUAUUUUGUACUCCAAUAGAUCGGGACUUGCUCCCGACCCAUUCGAAAUGCCAAAGCCUUGUUUCAGUUUCCAGUUGCCGGGAUUGUAGAUGAAAAUUUCACUUCCUCAAAACGGAAUCUAAAAAAAAUCGUAAUUAACUUGUAAAAUUAGUGUAAUUUUUGGAUAAUAUUUUCCUAACAUUUAAUACAUUCGAAUAAUUUUGUCGAUAA